GGCCCUGAACAAGAACGAAGUGGAUGUAGGAAAUCAAGGUGAGCGAUCGGAAGAUCGCGUCAGAAUCAUCCGCUUCUUGUUGGAGAAGGGCUUUCUGUGGGGGAGUGGAGACUUGGUGUGCAAAGUCGUUCACCCCGAAAGUGGGUAUCACACAGAAGUCCGCGAGGCAUUUGCAAGGACCAUUUUGCACGACUUGGUAAGAGAUCUGGUCCACAUGAACCGAACUCGCAUCAAUUACCUCCGACAACAUUGUGGCCGCAACGGCAUGGAUGGUGUGGUGUGGAUCUUGGGGUCAGCCCCAGGAGCCUUCACUCUUCUUGGGGCGCUGAGCCACAAGACGGUGCUGAUGAAAGCGGCCCGGGAUGACACCAACCACGAUGAAGCUUUCAUCAAUUUUCCGGAACUCAUUGAUCUUCACAAGGUGCUGCAAGCGCCUGUGACAACUGUGGAUCUGGAUGGUUGGAAUGCAGAGAUGCAUGCGGCGCGGGUCUUGAAGGCGGAACAUGCCAAGUUGCUGACGGAAACCACUUUGGAGAUGUGGCGACAGCAGGGCAGAGAUGCUUUCAGCUUCUUCUUGCUUGGGGAAUCUGUGUCAAACAACCUGUCAGGGUUUUGCAUCUUCCUUGCUCUGAAUGUCAACAUUCUGGCUUACAUUGGUGCUUGCUUCUUCAUGUGCUGUUUACUCCUUCACACUUCUCUGAUCCUAUGCAAGAAGCUGUACCCCGAAGGAGCCACAUUUGACCACCUGCUGUCUUGCAUUGGAGUCUUCUAUCAGGAUAGCUGUUCUUUCCUUGGUGUUGAAAUGCUUUUGAGGGUGCUUUGGCUGCUCACCCUGAACACAGCAUUUCUGAACUUCCCGCCAGAGCUCAUCAUAGCCUGGGAGACACAGACCAAUCCAUUCGGCAUCCCUCCUGUCAGCAAAUGGAAUCCUCUGCCUGCCACGGUGAAGUUGAUUUGCUGCUUUUGCAUCAUUGUGCUGGUGAUGUUUGGAGUGCUUGACUAUUUGGAUGUUCGUGACAAGGCUCGCAAGUCCAAGGAUUCCAAGGCAGGCGAGAAAAAGACUCUUCCUGCUCCGGCAUCUCCUGAGGACCGAUACCAAGACCCAAAGUUCCACCUGGUUGGUUGUGUGUGCGUCUUUGGGCUGAUGACACUCCUCAUGUUCAUCUACGUGAAGGUCGUGCUGAAGCCUCUGGAAAUGGAUCCCAAGAGGAUGGGACUGUGGCUUGGGUCACUGCUGGUUCAAGUGAAAAUCACCUUAGAGGGCACCUUAUCUCCUGAAGAGCAGCGGGGUCUCCAACGGCUUUUUGGCCGUCAGAGCCAUCGACCAAUACCAUCAGUACCACUUGAAGGUGAAUCACAUGUACCAAUUGAAGGUGUACAUGAGCGCUAUCAACCGUUGUGGGAUGUAAUGCAGAACUGGUACCGAUGGGCCUGUUGCAUGGUGACACCUUUCAACCCAAAGAUGUGGCAUUUGCUCAUGUAUGCCCACAAGAGGAAUCCGAAUGGUGAGCAGCUGCGAAUUCAAAAUGAAGACGGUCACCCAGCUGAAGGUCAAUGGCCUUGGUGGGAGAUCAUCUCUCGCUUUGCCAUGUCCUACAUCUCAAAUGGACUUUACAAGGCCAUCAUUGUGUACACCUUGCCACUCUGGCUGUCCAGAGGAGGCCUCGCAGAUUUUGUUCUCAAUGCAUUUGCCACAGUGUACAUCGUAGAGCUCGAUGAUGUGACCGAUUCCGAUCGUGAAACCUGGAAGUUGAUGACGGAGAGUGACAAGGGCGAGGCCGAGGCCUUCUCUGAGCGCGCGGUAGGUGCUUAGCCCAUCUUAGCCCUCCAACGGGACGCAUUGCCCAGCAGGUUU